AAAAGAGUCAAAGACGUCAUAUCUCCAAUUGUAUUUGAAGCUGCGUACAGCCUUGGGGAACACGUGAUAGAAAGAGGAAAAGAGGACAAGGAACUACCUGCUCUCAGGCCUGUUCUCCGCUGGAAGAAAGGACAAAAGAUAGCACAAAGGAAUCAGACUGUUUUUGAGAGGAACUGUCAAUCUGAUGACUGUGCUGCUGAUUUGAAACUUCAGGGUAAAUUGUUGCUGUCUAGCGUUGAUGACAAAACUGCCUACCUGGCCCUGGGAGCAGUGAGGAACAUCUCGCUGAACAUAUCUAUCUCCAACGUUGGGGAUGAUGCCUACGACACGAAUGUUUUCUUCAAUUUUUCUGGGGAACUCUUCUUCAUCAAAAUGUGGCAAAAGGAGGAGCUGGGCAUUGCCUGUGAGUUGCUGGAGUCAGACUUCCUCAAGUGCAGCGUGGGAUUUCCUUUCAUGAGAUCGAAAUCUAGGUAUGAGUUCAGCGUGAUCUUUGACACAAGCCACUUGUCUGGGCAGGAAGAAACACUGACCUUCCUUGUCACGGCCCAAAGUGGAAACCUAGAACGUGCUGAAUCUCUACAUGAUAAUACUCUAACCCUGUCGGUGCCCCUGAUGCAUGAAGUGGACUCAUCUAUCAAUGGAGAAGUCUUCCCUACUUCAUUUUUCUACGGUGAUUCUGUGGAAGCAUCCAACUUUGUUCAGUUGGAAAACCACGAAUGCCUUUUCCAGUCUCUGAACUUCACACUGCAGGUUUACAAUGCUGGACCAAGUACUCUCCCUGGAGCUUUUCUUGACAUUUCAUUUCCAAAUCGCCUCUCUGCCACUGGAGCCGAAAUCUUUCACGUUCAGCAGAUGAUGGUUGGUCAGGACAAAGGAAGCUGUUCUUUUCACAGAAACCCCAGCCCGUGCAUUGUUCCUCAAGAAAAUGAAAAUAUUUUCCACACAAUAUUUGCUUUUUUCACGAAGUCUGGCCGAAAAGUAUUGGACUGUGAAAGACCAGGCAGGUCCUGCUUAAUUAUACGCUGCAACUUAAGCUCACUAGCCAAAGCAGAGUCCUGUGAUAUAAGUAUCUACACGCUGCUGAAUACUGAGAUACUGAAGAAGGACAGUUCAUCGGUCAUCCAGUUCGUCACAAGGGCAAGGGUGCGGGUGGACCCUGACCUCAGAGUUGUGGAGGUGCCCACUGGGAGCCCAGAAGAAAAACCAGUGGUCUUUGAGGCUUUGCACAAUCUGGAGCCUCGUGGGUAUGUUGUCGGAUGGAUCAUUGCCAUCAGUUUGCUGGUGGGAAUUCUCAUCUUCCUGUUGCUGGCUGUGCUCUUAUGGAAGAUGGGCUUCUUCCGCCGGAGGUACAAAGAAAUUAUUGAGGCCGAAAAGAGCAGAAAGGAGAAUGAAGAUAGUUGGGACUGGGUCCAGAAAAAUCAAUGAACUGCCUGUGAAAACUUAAAGCCCAGUCAUGUGACAUGCGCUUGCUAGCCUGUAGGUCCUGCUCUCGUAUCUUCCAUAUGUGGAAGAAGGAAUCUUCUCCAGAUUUUUCGGAGACCCCAUGGAUGCUGUGUCUUUAUCACUCCAGCAAGCUAGGGAACAUAUCCUGAGGCAACCACUGCGGCCAUGUCAGGUGACUGGAGCGAUUUACACUUCAUUUAAGAGCUGAACUUUGAACUUUGGUAACCAAGCUGCAGUGCAGAGCAAUAUUUAUGAAUCCAACUAUGUGGUAUACCCUCAGGGGAAGACUGUUACCUAAAAAUAUUUUUUAUGAAUAUAAGCUUUUUAUAUUGAUUAUGUCUUUAUAUUUGUAUCAAUGUUUUAUAGUUUCUAUUGAAUAGCUAUAUAGUUCACUCAAGCACUGAUAUCUGGCUAAAUCCUUGGAAAUACAUAUAUGUAUAUAUAAAUCCUAUUGUACUUUUAAACUUCAAUGCAAGAGAGAAAAGAGAGAUUUGUGGAUAAAAGUAGCUGAAAUCCUCAUAUGCUUAAUUCACAAGGCUUGGUAAUGUUGUAUGUAGACCGUUUAAUGGCAAUAAGCCAAAGUCUUUUCACUAUCUCUUUUUUUGAGUUGAAUUUGGUGUUUGAUUUAUAAACUAAAGAACCUAAAGUAUGACACAGAUGUAGUCUUCUGUUUCUGAGUCUAUCCUUUACUGGCCUGAAGGAGAGAGGAUGAAAACGCUUGCUUGGUGACAUGUAGCAAGACUUGUAGCUUGCUUUGGCUCACUGAAGAAAGCGUCACAGAAUAUUUUCCUCUGGGAAGUUUUCUCUUGCAGUCUCUAGUACUUUGAUGAUAGGACUGUACAGUUGAGAUACCAGAAGGAUAUAAUUGGACCAACCACUAUGGUGUUGACAAAUUCCU